UGCGGCCUCAGUUUGCCGGCACAGUAGUGGUCCAGUCGUCAUACGUCUCGCACCGCUCGCCUCCAGCUACGCAGCCUGUCGCAUUCAUCUCCUGACACUCAACCCAUUGUUCCGCUCGUCAAAAGGCUUCCAAAGUUCGUCCCGUCUGCCCGUCGAGGGAGCUGAGAAUAUAUAUGGUGUCGGGGAGAUCGGAUAAUAUGGACUAGUGCCAAUACAAGCGCCGGCCAGAUAGAGAAACACACGCCGAGGAUGUUUUUCUUGUGCAGCCAGCGGGGGACGAGCGAUUGAGGAGGGUGUUCGCAGCCCUCAGUCUACCACAAGGUUCAGAGCGAUGCGAAGAGCAUGGCCUGCAGUCCCGAGGUCGCACCCCCUGCUGACUCGAUGACCCUCCUGAUGGUGAACGCUGAUGCAAGUAGGGUUCUGCUAGGUCAUGUUGCGGCCACUUCGCCACCACCACCACCACCUGCACCCACCAGCAACCAUCGACGCAACCCUCAACUCGGCGCCGCCACCGCCGCCACGACUUAACCACCUCAACCACUUUGAGCGUCGGCCACCCUGCCUGCGGAACAACCACCACUUCAAGGCUGUGCCCUUAGAGCUUGUCAACCACGAUCUUGAGGAGCAGGAAAUCGCGUCAUGCUGCCAUCAGUGCUGCUGCGUGCCGUUGAAAGCAGAGUCGUAUCUGGACACGGCGGUGAACAUCCUGUGGUUCCUGACCCCUUUAACUGCCACGCUCGCGAUGCUGUUGGUCGCUAUCGCGAUGACCACAAACCAGUGGCUUCACACAGAGGAAAAGAUGCCCAACUCCAACUACAACGGCACUGGCGAGCGCAACUAUCUCCCCAAGUAUACGGUCAGCGGACUAUGGUCACUCUGCUACACAAAUCCUGGGGAACGCGAAAUGCAGUGCUUCAAUAUCGACUAUUUCCCGAGAGAAGAGUACAGCCCAGACCCGAACGACUCCACCAUGGCCAUCCCGUAUGCUGUAACCAAGUCUGCAGGAUUUUUCGUCAUUUCAACCAUCUUGUUGAUAGUAGCCGAAAUUUUUUGCCUAUUUGGACAUGUUGCUAGACACAAGCGCAUUUUUACAUUUAUCUCUGGACUUAUUUUUAUCAUAUCAGGUCUGCUAAUGUUAACUGGUCUGGUGAUGUACAUCUCAGUGUUCAAAGCGGAAAUCGGCAGCAAGCUGCGUCCCCGUUCGCAGCUGCAGCCCCCCAUGUUCACCUACAGCUACGGUUUCAGUUUCCUGCUGGUGGUGAUGGGCUUCGUGGCCACCGAGGGCGCCGGCACUUGCGCUAUCUUCCUCUACAUCUACUGGCACCAGCGCGACUGGCGCCACAAGAGCCACCUCCGGCCGCCCCCGGUGCGGCCACCACCGCCACCGCACAACGUGCCGCCUCCACCAUCACCUCCAUACUGCCAAAGACACCUGAGACCCAUUCUGAUGCGUCAGUGUAGUUACGGAACCGGCUCUCCGCCGCCUCCACCACCCCUGCACGUGCCACCUCCGACUGUGCCGCCCCUGCCUCCGCACUACCUGCCAGAGGAGGAAGGGGAGUGUUCUGGAAGCUGCAAUGCAAGUCCCGAUGAUAGUGAGGUGAAUUUAAGGUGUAGGUCGCAAGGGACCUUGACCGCCAUCCACAGGGACCACGGCGGGGACGGCUUGGUGCGCGACCCCUGUCCGUGUCUGCACCUUGAGCCAAUUUCGCGGGAGAACACGUGCACCACAGUCUCUACAACGGCUGACAUCAACUGUGAUUACGGACAGCAUGAGUUUGUCUCGUUUGAGCCGCCACCUCUGCACCAACAGACCUCCAGCCGCAGCAACCUCGCCCUGGACACAAUCGAGUACCCAAACUAUGGCACACUCAGGAAAACCACCCCUGUGUGAUUGGUGUGCAUCAAGACACGGUGACAAACAAGAGUUUUAUUACCAAACAGAAAGUCUGCCUAGUAUGGAUGAGGGACAAAUCAAUUUUUCUAUGGAACGCGUGUGCGAAGUUACCAAAAAACUAAUAACAUUCAGCUUGGUCUCGACGCUAAGCAAAACUUUCAUACCUUUGGUAAAGGUCACUAAAUUUUUAGAUGAAACUGCCGCCAAAACAUGGUUUGUUGCAGAAGGGAAAUGUUUUUGUAAACUCCGCAAGCUAACUGGAUUUGAUGUUUGAAUCAACAUGAACGUCGGAGCUAAAAGUUUUAAUGAAUGUUGUUAAUUAAAUAGCACCUAAAUAAAAAAAUAUAUCAAGCCAAAUUAACUUGAGCAAAUGUUGGUUACUGGUUGUGAUCAAACAAUGUUGAUUUGUUUGACCCUUGUUGGAUUGAAUAUGAAGGCAGAAAUCACAAGCCUGCGGCGACUGUUUUUUUAACGUUUUAAAUAUGCUAAUUAAUUAUACCUUCAUAGGUGUAAGUAUGACCUCACAUAUACUGCCAUUUUAUAAAAGAUUACUUGAGUUCAACAGACAUACCCUGAAAGAUUUGUAUGAUUUGCUGUGAACCAGACAAAUCUAGUGUGUUACAAGCAAUGAUGUUAAAUCAAUAUUUUUCUCCCUUGAAUGAAGUGCUCAAAAUAAAAUUUACAUGUUGAGUAAACAAUAA